CGCUGUCAUGUCCCGCGCGUGUCUGUGGAGCAUGUACCUGUGCCUCGCGCUCUCCUCCUGCGCUUCCGGGGUCCGGGCGGGGAGACACCUGCAGCGGCGCGAGGACGAGGACGGCGCGUGGUCCGAGAGCGUGGCGAGAGCGCGCUGUGCGUCAAGGUGCCUCGGACUGUACAGAGGAUACACGUCAGGAACACAGAAUAAUGUGUCCUUGGAGUGGUGCCAGAGCUCUAAGCAGUGUGCAAUGUGCCUGGAACCCUGCAAAGCAUCAUGGGUAAUGAAGAAGAGGAGCAGUUGUGACCAGAUGUGUCAGACUACAUUUCCCAUGAUGCCAUGGGAGUGCGUGGGCAGCUGUGACUUCCUGGUCUCUGCCCUGUCUCUGAAGCAGGGUCAGUGCCCAGGUCCAGACCGGGCUCAGGGGUUCGAGGCCGCCUGUGUCCAAAGCUGUACCCGGGACCAGGACUGUCCCAAGACCAGGAAAUGCUGCUCCAACGGCUGCGGGCAAACCUGCCAGACCCCAGACCAGGUCUACAAGGGAGUGCCUGUGAAGCCCAGGAAGGAGCUGUGGUUCAGGGAGGAGUCGUCCGGGGAGCUGGAGGUUGGAUGGUCAUGUCGGUUCAGCAUCUCGGUUGAGCCAGUGGUUUAUGUCCUGCAGCGAAGGUGGAACUACGGCAUUCAACCCAGCGAGGACAGCGCCACCACCUGGGAGGAUGUGGCACAGACUUCGUCCCCUUGGCUCAUGACCUGGCUCCGGCCCGGGCGUUGGUAUCAGUUCAGAGUCGCAGCUGUGAACUCUCAAGGCUCCAGAGGAUUCACUGCCCCCAGCAAACACGUGCACUCCAGCACAGAGCCCUCUCCUCCUCCUCCCCCCUCCCACCUCCGAGUGUCCGACCUCAGCUUUGGUCUGGGUCGGUCUGCUUCAGCCCAAAUUAUUUGGGACCCCGCUGUAAACACCCCUGUAGACCCAGACCAGGACUGGGACCAGGACCAGGACCAGGACCAGCAAAUCCCGGUCCAGGUCUACUUAGUCUCAUGGAGCUGGACUUCAGAGGAACCCAAACCCGGAACAAAACCAAGACCAGCGGAGAAGAAGAAGAGGAAGACUGUCAGAAAGCCCUCUCUGUCCCUCUCGAGUCUGCGUCAGAACAGGACGUACUCUGUGGAAGUUCAGGCGGUUUCGUUUUGGAGACAAAAUCUUCUCAAAUCUAAAAAAUCUACAAUUCAAUUCAGCACUCACACUCUUGGCCCUCCUUCUGCUCGAUUGUCUCAGUCUGAUUCCUUUUUAAAUGUUGGGACUCCAUUUUACCAGGAUGGAGAACUCAGAGUUUACCUGUACUGGAAAAAAGACCCUUCAGAGUUUUACAAAGUCCAGUGGAGUCCUGAACACUGCAGCCACAACCUGACCAAAGAGAUGCAGAAAACUGUCACGGAGGAGAGUUUUGUGAGUCUGCCGGGGUUGCUGUUCUCCUGUAAGUACAGAGUGGUUCUACAGCGAGUCCAGACCAAGACGGGUUCCAAGUCCAAAUCCGAGUUUGAGUCCUGGUCUGGUUCUAAGUCCAAGUCUGAAACCAAGACCUUUUUAACUCCGAGUUGUUCCAUGGUUCAAGCCAAAAGUGUGAAACCGAUCAACUGCACUGAACAAACAGGACCAAGUUUGAAGAAGGACCAGCAGCAGCAGCCAAUCAGCAAGAAGUACUGAGACCAAG